AUGCCAUCAGACGAGUGGUCAGCAGCUGAGGAUGAAGGCCAGCUGUCCCGUCUCCUCAGGAAAUCAAGAGACUCCCCGUUCGUCCCUGUGGGGGUGGCAGGUUUUGUGGCUGUGCUGUCCUACGGUCUCUACAAGUUGAAGUCCAGAAGAGAUGAGAAGCUGUCCCUUCGUCUCAUCCACGUGCGGGUCGCUGCCCAAGGCUGUGCUGUGGGAGCCGUGACCCUAGGUAAGGUUUCUCGGGGCCAGCUGUCCUCCACAGAUGUGCACAGGUACCGACCAGGCCAGGCUCGGUCUUCCCCGGAGGUCACGGUCUCGGAGCUAGCCUGGCUUGGCCGACAGGGGAGGGGCUGA